UUUUUUUCAAAACUUCAUUUUUUCCCACUCUCGUAUUUCUCGCACUUUUGCACUUAGCCAUGAGCACAUCGAUUGACACACCACACAGCUCACAGUUAGAGGGUGAGCGCAGCCAAGGAACAGUAGUCGGCAACCCGUCGAGUAAGUUUGGUACUCACAAAGACCUGGAGCUAGUCGAAGAGCAGCGCAUUGCAAUGCUGGAAAACUUUGACAUGGAGGUUGAAGACAAGAUCCGUUCGAUGCGGGCACAGCUCGAGGCAGACAAGCAGGAGCUGAUUUUGAAGGCCGAGUGCGAGAUUGCCCAGCUCCCAAAGCACGUGCGCGAGAUGUCCUUUGGCGGUGACAUCCAUGCAGCCCUGCGCAGCGCACUGAGGGUUGACCAGCAGGGGGUAAAUGGUAUGUUUGACCUCCCCGAAAUGACCAGGACGCGAGCCCGACCCAAGGCUUAACCAUCUGGCUUCAUUACAUCACACCCUCCUCAUCGAUUUCCUUUUUUGUAUAAACACUAUCCCUCCGCUGUCUCAAUACACGUUGCUUCCAACGAGUUUGCUGUUAUCGUGCUCAUUGAAAUGUACAUGUUGGAGCAGAUGCUGGACUUGCAGCGAUAUCUGGAGCAAUGGAUGGAAUAUAGAGCAUGCCUACAGCACCAGAACUACAAAGGAAAAGAUACAAAAUGUGUGCGGGCUGCUUACUACGAUGUAGUAGCCUUCCUCUGCUCCUCACGC